UGUCCUCCAUUGCCAAAUCGCACAUCUGAAGGUUAAAAUCUGUUUGUCUCCAUCAAACCGCACUUCAAUCCAGCGGUACUUGCGUUGCAGUCUCCCUCUUCUCGCUCAUAAUUAGCAGAAAUAUUAACACAAUAUCAUGUCGAUAUUUGGUGAAGUCCCGCAAGCUGCUCCUGUCGCAGUGUUUAAACUGACAGCAGAUUUCCGUGAAGAUCAGAAUCCCCGGAAGGUGAAUCUGGGAGUCGGAGCCUACAGGACAGAUGAAGGUCAGCCCUGGGUUCUGCCCGUGGUGAGAAAAGUGGAGAAGAUGAUCGCUGAUGACCAUAGUUUGAACCACGAGUACCUGCCCAUUCUAGGCCUGCCAGAGUUUCGUUCAAGCUCUUCUAAGAUCGCUCUGGGUGAAGACAGUCCUGCCAUCAAGGACAAUCGGGUAGGAGCCGUGCAGUGUUUAGGUGGCACUGGUGCUCUGAAGAUCGGAGCAGAGUUUCUUCGUCGUUGGUAUAAUGGAACUGACAACACAAAAACGCCCAUUUAUGUGUCGGCACCCACAUGGGAGAACCACAAUGCUGUUUUCUCUAACGCUGGAUUUGAGGACAUCCGUCCAUACAAAUACUGGGAUGCAGGGAAGCGUGGACUCGAUCUGGAAGGUUUUCUGGGUGACCUAGAGAGCGCACCUGAUCACUCCAUCUUUGUGCUGCAUGCCUGCGCUCACAAUCCCACCGGCACAGAUCCCACCCAGGACCAAUGGAAGCAGAUCGCUGAUGUCAUGAAGCGAAAGAGUCUGUUUGCCUUCUUUGAUUCAGCCUAUCAGGGUUUUGCCUCAGGAAAUUUAGAUAAGGACGCCUGGGCUGUCCGCUAUUUUGUGUCACAAGGUUUUGAAUUAUUCUGUGCCCAGUCAUUCUCAAAGAACUUCGGUCUGUACAAUGAGAGAGUGGGGAACCUGACUGUUGUAGCCAAAGACCAAGACAAUUUGAACCGUGUACUGUCUCAAAUGGAGAAGAUCGUUCGCAUUACCUGGUCCAACCCUCCGUCCCAGGGUGCACGUCUGGUUGCCAUCACACUCAACACCCCUGAACUCUUUGCUGAAUGGAAGGACAAUGUGAAGACCAUGGCAGACAGAGUCCUGCUCAUGCGUGCUCAGCUGAAGGAAAAACUCAAAGCACUCGGAACUCCUGGAACCUGGGAGCACAUCACUGAACAGAUCGGCAUGUUUAGCUUCACUGGUCUCAACUCUAAGCAGGUGGAGUACCUGGUGAAAGAAAAGCACAUUUAUCUUAUGGCGAGCGGUCGCAUAAACAUGUGUGGCCUCACCACCAAGAACAUCGACUAUGUGGCCGAGUCCAUUCAUGAGGCUGUCACUACAGUCCAAUAAGCACCUUUACCACACUUCCUGUUUUUAUGUGUGUGUGUCUUCAGGAACAUAGACACACACACACACACACACACACACACACACACACUGAUACACACCUUCACUCACCAGCUUUGCUGGUCUAAUCAGCAUUUCAACAUUCUAUUUUAACUGUAAUUAUAAAGAAAUGAAACGGUCCCAGAAGAUAUAUAUAUAAUUGAAUUUUAUCAUUGUGUCUGUAAAUUUCACUGUACUGAGUGCGGAACUGAAGGACGGUGUGCAUGUUUUAUGAUCUGUGUGUCUGUGUAUUCUCAAAACAUGCACACAGAGAUGACUCUAGAACUUGAAUAAUGGGGCGUUAGAUUGUGUUUAACUGUCAAAUCCUGAUACUCUUACCUCAAAAUAAAUAGCUUGAAGAAACAUUUUACCUAAAAAUCCACUUUUUUUGAUUCAGUUUUAAACUUAUUGUAAGCAAUAGAGGAUGAAACCUUGUAUUGUGAUCGGUGAAGAGGUGCAUUCUGGGAUAUUGGAUCUCUGACAGCUCAAAGAGAGUAAAUUAUACAGAAAAGUGAUUUGUGGGUUGAAUAUUCCUUUAAGCUCAUCGUCUUUAAUGUUCUGGAAAUCCUGAGCUGUGAAGAUCCCAGGCAUUGUUUUGCACUUUAUUUUCUGAUGUCUUUUUAAUGUGCUGAUUCUGCUCCAUCACUCACACUGCUGUGUUUUUGUGUUGUGUUCAGGCUCAUUUGUGCACUGCAGGACCAUUUAAUAAAUGUGCAGCAAUUAGUCCAUUACUCUCCCACACUGCUUAGUCUCAAAAGAUCAAACCUCUAGGUGUAUUAAAACUUCUUGUGCACAAAUAUACUAAUCAAAGUGCAUUCAAAUAAAUGAAGUAAACAAACA